UCCACGCGUCACACACCAUCACUCGUGUUUGUCUGUGUGUGUGUUAUUACACGAGGACAGCUGCUACGCACUUGGAGACACGAUGUGACAUUUGGCCACGCGUAAUUUUGCGCAUUUGGAGAGCUGUGCGCACCGUGCAUGCACCGCUUUGCAUGCGAUGUUUUGACUGUGUUUUGACCUGUUGGAGUGAGUCCAAGGAUGCUGCGGCUUAUCUGGCUGCUGGAGUGCCGCCGCGCAACACGGGGCUGCAACAUCCCCAUGUGCUGAGCAGGAGAGGCGCGGAUCAGGCGCGUUGUCACACCUUGUGGUCUGGUCGCACUAUGGAUCACUCCCGGGACAUUUGAGCAUCUCCUGCGUGUCCUUCCCAGGCUGCACCAUGGGGAACAGCUUCACUAACCUGGGUGCCUUCCAGUCUUUGCACAUAGUCAUGCUCGGUUUGGACUCUGCGGGGAAAACCACCGUGCUGUACCGGCUCAAAUUCAACGAGUUCGUCAACACGGUGCCCACCAUCGGCUUCAACACGGAGAAGAUCCGGCUGGGAGGAGCGGGGGCCUCCCGGGGCAUCAGCUGCCACUUCUGGGACGUGGGUGGCCAGGAGAAGCUGCGGCCCCUGUGGAAGCCGUACAGCCGCUGCACGGACGGCAUCGUGUACGUGGUGGACUCGGUGGACGCGGAGCGGCUGGAGGAGGCCCGCACCGAGCUGCACAAGAUCACGCGUUCAGUGGAGAACCAGGGCACCCCGCUGCUGGUCAUCGCCAACAAGCAGGACCUUCCCCGGGCUCUGGAUGUGGGGGAGAUCGAGAAGCAGCUGGCCCUCUCAGAGCUCCCCCCCUCCACCCCCUUCCACGUCCAGCCGUCCUGCGCCAUCAUCGGCGAGGGGCUGGAGGAGGGCAUGGAUAAACUGUACGAGAUGAUCGUGAAGAGGAGGAAGUCACUGAAGCAGAAGAAGAAGAGGCCGUGAUGGCGUAGACAUAUAUAGAACUUUGCAGAAAUAUAAAUACAGCUCCAGUUAAAAUGAAGUGACCACUGCAACUGGUUUGACUAUUUAUAGGAAUCUAUUUGAGUAAAUUAACAUUUUUGUUUUAUUCUCUAAACUUCUGACAACAUUUCUCCCAAAUUCUACCUUUUGCUUUAACGUCAAAUACAGUUAUGUUUACAAUUAAUAUAAGUAUGUUUCUAUAAAUCUAUAUUUAUUUAUCUUUUAUUUUAUUUAUGCAAUUUGGCAUCAUUGCAUUCAUUUAUUUUUGCAAAUUGAAUGACUAGUUUUGGAAAUGUGGGAGAGAUGUCAGUAGUUUAGAGAAUAAAACAAAAACGUUAAUUUAACUCAACUCUAUACCUAUACAGUAGAUAGCAAAAAGUGGUUUCUUAAUUGUUUUCACAGCUUUACAGCAGAUAAAAAAACAAAAUGAAGCAUAAAUAUCAUCAUAGCCUCCAUAUAUGACAUAAAUAUAUUGAUAUAGUGAUGCUAAAACAUAUUGUCACUCAUUAGGAUAUAUGAUUGUAUAUGAAUGUUUUAGAGGGACAUAAGGAAAGAGCGCCGUCUUAACUCCAUUUACCAACAUUUCAAUGGACAGAAAACAACUUAAUCAUAAAUACGACGAGUGACAGAAACACACAAAAAAGUGAUUAUAAAUGUAAUCUUCUUGCCUUGUUGAACAGUUUGAACCUUUCCUUACAGGCAGAUAGUGUCUCUAAGUCCCUGAUGUAGAAAUAUACAAAUAAGACUGUUUUAUUAGGGAUACUUUAUAGAUAAUAUAAAGAGUUGUUAAUGUGAUGCUGAGAGAUGGUGUUGCACCAAAGAAGAAUCCCAGAGAAGACAGACCUCUUCCAUACAUCCUCCACUUGUAUUUGUUUCUGUCUGACUUUGACUGUUUCCCUCAGUCCAUAACAAGCGUUUUAUAUUUUACAUGAGCAUUUAACUCUUUUAUUUUAGCAGUAACACUUCAUUUCUUCCAAGAAAAGUAACAACUAGUCACAUAAUCUGAAUUUGCUGCACCAUCAAUUAAUGCUAACUAAUCUCCAGAUGCAGUUUGCUGCCAAGUACUUGCAGAGAGCUCAUCCAGUGGCCAUCAAAAAAAGCUUGAUUUGUUGCAAAUGUAUAUACAGGGAUAUGGAAACCCAGAUUAAUGUAGCUAUAUGGGCAGAAGAUUCUCAUUUGUACGGUUUCCAACAGGUGCAAGCGCAUUUGAACAGUCCUUACAUUAGGAGAAACACACUGCAGCUUCAGAAGAGAUGCAAAUAGAAAAACACAAAAGUGCCAAAGUACAUGCAAAUGAGGAAACAUCUUCUGCAACUUGACAAAACAUGCGCAGCGUUUACUAAAAGCGCCGCAUAUAAACACUAAAAAGUGACGCACACAGCUGGGAGUGGAGCGCUUGUUGAUGUUCUGGGAUUAUAAUGUCGUCUAACUAUCACUGUUAGCAGAGUUAGUCAGUUAGUUAGUUAGUUAGUUAGCUAGCUAGCUUACAGCAGCUAUUAUAUCUGAAGGACAUUGUUAAAAUAAGACCAUAACAUUUUUUACAACAGUGACAGCUGGGCAGCUUUAGCAUCUCCGAACCUCAACACAACACGGUCCCAGCUGUGUGCGUCACUUUUGAGCGCAAUGUUUUGUUUAUGCAGCGCUUUUAGUAAACGCUGUUCAUGUGUUGUCAGGUUGGCGAAGAUAUUUCUCCAUUUGGAUGUGUUUUGGCACUUUUUGUUUUUUGUAUUUGCAUCGUUUCUGACACUGCAGCACGUUCCUCCUAGUGUAAAUGUUUUGUAUUGUAACACGUUUGCACCGGUCUGCCAUCGUACAUGUGAGCCAAAAAUGCAGGUGUAAAGAUUAUUGCCAUGGCUGGGAAGUGUCUUUUUAUUCUUGUUUAAAUUACCAUUUUAUCUCAUGAUAAGCUUCUGAACAAAUGGACUUGAAAUGCAAACUAUGAUUGUGCAUUGUAAGUGUUUCACAUGAGAAGAAAUCACAGUGUAGUCGUUAUUUUAUCAGAAGGAUCAAAGUGUCUUCCUGUAACGAUGAAACAAAGCGACAGGCUGGAACCUGUUCUCUUAUUGAAUGAUAUUCAAUCAUAAAGUGGUCUUCCAGUUGAGUUAUAAACUAGUUUUAAAGUUAAAUGAGUACCUGUAAUUCAGUCCACAACCCUGAUAAUGUUGCAGCUUGCAGAAAAGAUAAAGAAAUGUCACAGAAAAUAGAAUUAGUCUUGACAGGACUGUUGAAUGUCUCAGAUGGAGUCAUUUCUAAAGCCGUGUUCACGUCAGAAUAAAAAGAGGAAUUGCUGCAGCUCCAUUUUCACAAAAUCAUAUGGAUUUUAAGUGAUAAACUGCAGCAUGUUUUUAGGUUAAUUUGGUCAUUUAGUAUUUAAGAAUGCUGAAAAAAUGCCCACUUAUAAUAACCACAAGGGGCAAGAUAUUUCAUUUAUUUUAAAUAUGAUAUUCCCGAUAUGAAUCCGACGUGAACGUAGCAUCUUUUUCUCUGAAGUAAUCGAGCUGUUUUCAACAUUGCAUGACACACAAUGUAAAUUAUACAGUACAGUGUUACAGCUAAGAUACAGCAAGACCAAACAAUGUGCCAAAAAUGGAAAAAAGUAAAAAUAUUUUUGGGAUUAAAGUCUUUGUAAUUUAA